GUCGGUGGGCGGAGAGGAGAAUUACAAGGCACCAUAAACGCUUAAGGCAAGAGACGCUACCGGCGUUGUUGGUUGCUCAGCUAUUCUCUGCUCAAAAGUAGUGCAACAGCUGUGCACAGUUUGCUGGUUACUAUGGAAUCAUCAUUGGCCGCUUUCAUCAUGUGACACCCCUCAUAUUAGUAACAAUGUAACGUUUUAAUAACACGUCAUAUCCGUAAACAAACAGGCAGAGUUCAUAAGUCCUUAUACCCCGAGAGAGGGGGAACUCAGGGAAAACAACUGUUCCAUCCGAAUUGAAGACAGAGUUCAUGAGGUCGAUGCAUCGGUUUACGAGGCAGCACACAAUGAAAAACAAAUGCAAGUGAUCGACGAGGUUUCUAGCCAUCUGGUGAUAUUGAACAUGUCGAGACAGACAACUCGGUGACUGCAUCAUCCCUGCUGGUGUGGUGGACACGCCGACUCCCGGGUGAUUCAUAAGUAGCAGCGCGGCUGCUACCCCUCCAGCUGCUGGCGGAGCCCUUUAACUGUGAGUGACAGCUGGAGCUCAGCGAGCCCGUGUUCGGGACCGUGGACCAGCCCGCUGCUGGAGCCCUUUAACUGUGAGUGACGGCUGGAGCUCAGUGAGGCCGUGUUCGGAACCGUGUACAAUCCGCUGCUGGAGCCCUUUAACUAGAGAAGAUGCCUUUCAGUAAUGAGAAACAUUCCUUGAAUGAUGAAUCAUUGAACAGUGAUGCUGAAUCUUGUGAGCGGUCAGAUAGUGUCAAUUCUUCCAGUGACUAUGAAUAUGCUCGACAAAGCUUCAGUAGUGAUUCUUCCAGUAAACCGAGCUCACCAGCCUCAAGCCCUCCCAAAAUGGUUUCUUUUGAUGAUCUCAUAGAAACUGCAAAUGGGUUGUCAAAGUUGACUCUGGCUCAUGAAAUAGUUAUGAAUAGCAAUUUCCAAAUGAAAUCAGUCGAUCUUCCUCCACAAAGUUUACAGAGGAGAGUUAAAGAAAUAGUUCACAGAGCAUUCUGGGACUGCUUGGAGGCUCAGCUGAACAAGAAGCCACCUGAAUAUGAUCAUGCCCUCUUGCUUUUGGGAGAAAUUAAAGAGAUACUGCUCUCAUUUUUGAUACCUGGCCAAAAUAGACUUCGAAACCAGAUCUCUGAGGUCCUUGAUUUGGAUCUAAUUCAACAACAGGCUGAACACAAUGCUAUUGACAUUCAUAAACUGGCUGACUAUAUAAUCACAUUAAUGGGCAAGUUUUGUGCCCCAGUUCGGGAUGAUGAAGUAAAAAAAUUAAAAUCGGUUACGGAAAUAGUGCCACUGUUCAGAGAGAUAUUUCGUGUCCUUGAUUUGAUGACUAUGGAUAUGGUCAACUUCACCAUUCAAUAUAUUCGGCCACACAUUCAACAAUGUUCUGUAGAUUAUGAACGAAGCAAAUUUCAAGAUUUUCUCAACAAACAGCCCAAUGCCCUUGAUCACACGACUCAGUGGCUAAAGGAGUCUAUUGCUGAAGUUUCAGCCUUGGGGCUCUCCUCAGACUCAUCAUCCUCUGCCACCAAUGGGAGUUCCAGUCUUUCUCUAAGCCCAUCUUCUGUGCUAAACAAUGGUUAUUUGAAAUUAUUGCAGUGGAAUUAUGACAAUAAGCCAGUACCUGAGACUCUUUUGACCGAUCAAUCACGUCUCCAAAAACUACAGCAAAGACUUAACCAGCAAAGACUUGUAGCCUAUCUGAUGCUGAUCAUCUGCAACAUUGGGGGGGCAACUCUCUCAAGCCUACCAGACUUUUGUGACAAAGUAAAGCGAGUUAUAAUUGUCUUACUUGAAGGCAUGAAUGACAAAAAUUUCAACCUUGAAGAAACACUUAAAACCAUAAGUGUAAAGGUUUGUUCUGAAAUAAACCAAGCCUUACUUGAACGUGGUUACCCUGUGCUUAACAAUGAAAGUAAAGCAAACCUCACAGGACAAAUCUGCAACAUUAAGCAAGAAGGAAAUCCUGUCCGCACCUUAAUCAAUAAUCGGAUUGAACUAUACAUGAGAAAUUUGCUCAAUGUAGAGAAUCAGCAGAAGACUGUAUCUGUUGUUUUGGGAGGUCUGGAACCCAUUCAGGCUGAACUGGAAGAGAUUGGAUCCCAGUAUGUCUGUAUUAUUAAAUACAACAGGCAGGUGUAUGGGCCAUUUUACUCUGGCAUUCUGCGAAAAUUGCUAUUCAGUAAUCUUGCAUCAGCAGGCACAACAGCAUCGUAUUCUCCUUGAAAGGAGACGGUUAAUAAAAGGGAGCACGCCUGUUUUGGUUUGUAGUGUUUUAUAGUGCAUCUUCGUACAUUGACUGUAUUGAAUGGUGUUAUCUGCAUAUUACUUAAAUAUAUUUGGCUAAUUGCAAAUAUAUAACAUUUACUAUUCUUCAGCAAAGCCACCAAAUUAUAGAAAUUUAUUUAAUAAAAUCAUUUGAGCCUAAAUUUAUACAUUUGUAUUUGUACUAAGUAAAUCUGGCCUUGUUCAGUAUUUUUAAAUUGGCCAUCACUAUUAACUCAUACGUGAUUAUAAAAUUGUUUAGUAUUUUUCUAUUAAGAAUCAAAACACUUUUUUUGGUAAGUAUGUUAAUGCCCUGUUAUGUUAUGCCAAUCAUAAAACAGUGUUCAUAAAAGCCAAAAAUAAGCAUCACUUUGGUCCAGUGACACAAAGGAAAAAGCCAAUGGAAUCAGUUUUAAUUUUCUGAAGCUGUAUCGGAUUGGUUGCAACCUUAGUUGUACACAAGAACAAAAAAAAAUUAAACUUUAAUUGUCUUGCUCUUGAGAAAAAUCCAACAAUAAGAUGUCCUUUGGAGUCUAAGACCAUUCUGAAAACUGCUUUUCAUACAUUCACACUCACCCAGGCCCCCCUCCAAAAAUCUUUAACAUAUUUUGAGUGAUCUUUGGUGAAUUGCUGAUUGCAUGUCAGGCAGCUAUGGAAUUAAAGGGUUGAGAAAUUAUUAAAGAGCUUUUAAAUUAUAUUUGCACAAUAACAACAGAAUUUAAGUCUCCAUUGUCUUAUUUAAAUUCCUUCAGUCAGGUUACUCUUUCAUUAGUGUUGAAAUGGCUCUUAUCAAAGUUAUGUGAUGACAAGAAAGCAUGAAUUUACAGAGCAUCGUUAAUGCAAUAAAAUACCCCAAGACACUUAUCAGGAAAAUUAUCUAAAAAAUUGACAUUGAGCCAUAUGGAAGAAAUUGGGAUAGACGACAAAGCUUUGUCAAAGGUAUUUAAAAAGAGAUUUGAAAUGGGUGAAGCAGAAAUCCUGGAAGGAUUUGAAAAUGAGAAUUUUAAAAAUGAAAGCAUUGCAUAAUCAGCAGGUCAAGCACAAAGGUCGUGUAAGUGAGGGUUAACAUCCCCAGCUUUGCAAUACUUUUGAGAUAUCGGCACUCUUAUUCUAUUAAGGUCUAAGCUCUGACAUUCUCUCACCAGACCUCUCUGCUUAUGUGUUUUUCUCCUUUUAUAACAUUCCAUAAGCUCUUCCCACAAGCUUUUGAUCACUGGCCCUAAUAUCUAUGUAUGGCUCAGUGUCAAAUUUUGUUUUGAUAAUGCUUCUAUUAGUCAGCUUAGGACAUUUUACUAAAUUACAUUUGUAAUAUAACUUUGCUGUGGGAAGGUUGCUUAAAGUAUCUCCAGCAAAACCUCACUGUGCAAGUUGCGUUUAUUCAUUGACCUUCAAUUUAACAUUUUCUUUUUUUUGUAUCUGGGGUGUAGUGUUAUGUCAUCAGCAGCCCAUGUAUCUGGAUUUUUGCAAGCAUUUUACUAUCAUUAGAAACUUGAAAUUAGUUUCAACAUAUAAAAGUGGUGCUAAUUGUUAGUUGUAUUUGUUUUGGGUUUGUUGUGUAAUCUUUUAUUCUGGAUAUAUGGUGUCUAGUUUACUUUGCAUGGAACAGGACAUGUAAUCCAAUUGAUGACUUAGUAUCUAGUGCCAUACCCUUGCUGUAAAUGCAUUUUCUUUUCAGCAGAUUGGUGCAUGGUUCCUUGAAUUUGUUAAACAUGAGACCCAAGCAUGUUGGAACAGUAUUUUGCACAUGUAUAUCUUGUUAUUUGCGUUGCAGGCUUUUGACUUGCACUGGUACUAUGUUUAGUGUUAACUGACAUGAGUAGUAGUUCUUAAAUCAAAAGCAUUAAUAAGUAAUUUUACAGUGGCAGGCUUACAACCAAUAAUGUUUUUUCAGUUUUAGCUAUUGAAGUACCUAAUUGAUAGGAAAUUUGAGGAAUACUUUCUGCUAUUCAUCUGUGGCUUUUCUUAGGUAUCUUUUUCCAAGGUAAUGCACAAUGUGUGUGUUUCUAUCCCCAUACAUACUAUUCUAUUCAUUGAACUUCAUGAGUGGGUAGAGAUUCUUGUGCUACACAGGUUAAAAAUCAAUUUAGAUCGUUAUUUCAUUUUGUAUGGGACAGAUUUGCAGCUUUACUGCUUGGAAGUUAAGCAUCAGCUUUCUGGAAUGUAGAGAUUAAAAUUGGGCUGCAUGAUUGAAUGUUUGUAUUCGAACAACUUUUAAUUUUGUUGAGCAUUGUCAGCAUUCAGAGAUACCUGCCCAGUUUUUAUGCUCUAUCCUUUAUCCAACAAAUAACCCAAAAGAGCAAUAUAUGUUCUGAAGGCUUGAAACCAGCCCUUAGUAAUCUACUAAUGUGUAAAAUAGUGGGGGGGAAAAAGCCAAUGAUGUGCUUUGUUUGUCAUGUUCCAGACUUCCUCCACUUUUAUAGUUCAGUGCUCCUGUAGAUUUAUCCAUUGUUGCUCAUUUGAAGCUGGGGAUAUUCUGAGUGAUGGUUAUAUUUGUAUUAGUAAUGUAAGACAUGUUCAAUCUAAAGGAUACCAUGUGAUUGAUUGUGGGGAGGAAAGUUACUGUUGAACCUUGGCCAAAUUGAGAAUAAAAAUACAACUAAUUCCAAACCUCUGUGUGAAUGCAAGGGAGGAAAGUUUUGUUGCUACUGUCAUCUUAAUUGCCAUAUUUCAACUCUCAUUCUGGAUCUGUAUUUUAAAAGAAAGUCUAAGUUUCAAGUUUUGUACAAUAAAAACCUGAAU